GAAAAUGAUUAAUGUUCUUAUAUUGAAGAUCUUUGAUGGCACCAUUGAUCUUUUGCUGCUUUAAUUCUGUUGGCAGAAAGUGAGUACUAAAGACUUAGUCAUACUGUGCUUUAAGUUUCCCAGCAUGGAGCAGGACAAUAUUUCACCACUCCAACACUUUGUGGUGGCAAAAAGGACAAUCGGUGCUGUGUUUGAUCAGCUGCUGGAGUUUGUUAGAGAGGGAUCAGAAUUUGUUGAAGAGACGUGGAGGAGCGAGGAUCUCGAGCAUGUAGCUGAAGAGGAGCAGUCCCUGCAGAUCCAGGCCUGCUCCAGGAAACUUACCGUCAUUAAAGAUGUGUUAGCCCGCAGACAUAUGAAGGUGGCUUUCUUUGGCAGGACCAGUAAUGGAAAGAGUACAGUAAUAAAUGGCAUGCUCCGGGAGCGAGUUCUGCCCAGUGGAAUGGGCCACACCACCAACUGUUUCCUGAGUGUGGAGGGCACAGAUGGAGAUCAUGCCUACCUUACAACCGACGACUCUGAAGACAAAAGAAGCAUCGAAACAGUCAAUCAGCUGGCCCACGGUUUUCACAUGGACAAGAAUCUUGACUCAGGCUGUCUAGUCAGAGUAUUUUGGCCCAAAACUAAGUGUGCCCUGUUGAGAGAUGAUUUGGUCCUGAUGGACAGCCCGGGCAUUGAUGUCACAUCAGAGCUGGACAGCUGGAUUGACAAGUUCUGUUUAGAUGCUGAUGUCUUUGUUCUUGUGGCCAACUCUGAAUCAACCAUCAUGAACACUGAAAAGCACUUUUUCCACAAAGUGAAUGAGCGCAUUUCGAAGCCCAAUAUUUUUAUCCUAAACAAUCGCUGGGACGCAUCUGUCUUGGAGCCAGAGUAUCUGGAAGAUGUACAAAAGCAGCACAUGGAUCGGUGCAUCAGUUUCUUGGUGGAUGAGUUGAAGGUUGUAGACCUUAAUAAAGCACCUGACCGUGUCUUCUUUGUCUCUGCCAAGGAGGCCCUGAGUGCCAGGAUCCACCGUGCCCAGGGGAUGCCAGAGACUGGCGGCGCCUUGGCUGAAGGUUUCCAGGAGCGACUGAGAGAGUUCCAGAGUUUUGAGAGAACAUUUGAGGAAUUUAUAUCUCAGUCUGCGGUGAAGACCAAGUUUGAGCAGCACACAAUCAGAGCCUGGCAGAUUACUGACUCAGUCAAGGCUAUCAUGGAUGCCAUAAAUAUUUCUUCAGCAGUGAAGAAAGUCUUCUCAUUGGAAGAGCGUGAGGCUUUCAUCGACUGGUUGGAGUUUGUACGAAAUCAGCUGAAUUUUCUAAAUGAGGAUGUCAAAGACAAGAUAAAGGCCGUAAAUGAUGAAAUGGCUGUCAAGGUGGCCAAUGCACUGGCAGAGGAGAUUGGUGGCCUGUCUGCUUUGGUAGAUGAAUUCUGCAUUGAUUUUAGUCCUGCUCCUAUUGCCUUAGCCCUGUACAAAACUAAACUUCUGGCAUAUGUAGAAGAGAGAAUGGCAAAGAAUUUGGACCUCCGUUGUUCUAGUUGUAUUAAUGGCUGUGUUAUGGCAUCUCAGAGAGAUAUUAUGGACACAAUACGUCCUCUGCUGCCCCCUGCUGCCCGAGGUCAACUACACCUCCCUAACAGAAAGCUAAAUAUGACCUACGGCCUGAAUUUUGCCAGCCUAUGUGCAGAUUUCGAGGAAGACAUCGAGUUUCAGUUCUCGCUCGGCAUAACAUCUUUGGUAAACCGUUUCCUGGGCCCUGCUAAAGCAAAACAAGCUUUGAGCCUGUUGGACCAAAAUGCAAAAGCCUCUUCCUCUGCUCUCAUGGGAACCCAGGCCCAUGAGGAGCUGGCCGUCUCCAUGGCAACGGGGCUGCGCUCUCUCACUUCAAGAGCAUCAGUGAGCAUGUUGGUCAUUGCUGGAGUGGUGUGGCGUUCUGCAGGGUGGAGGUUUGUUGCUCUUUCUGUGAGUCUCUACAGUUUGCUCUACCUGUAUGAAAGACUGACCUGGACCAACAGCUCGAAAGAGAGAGCCCUCAAGCAACAGUUCGUGGACUAUGUCACUCAAAGACUACAGGCUAUCAUUCAUAUCAUCAGUAGCAACUGUGGACAGCAGGUGCAACAGGAGAUGGUGGCCGUCUUCGCCCGCAUGUGCCAACAGGUUGACAAGAGCGAGAUGGAGCUUGAAUCGGAGAUUCGCAGACUCACUGCCAGGAUCCAGCGUCUGGAGAGGGUCCAGAGACACUCCAAAACGCUCAGGCAUAAAGCUACUGAUCUGGAAGCACAACUGGAGCUUUUCUCUGAUGAGUAUCUACAGAUUCAACAUUAACAACACAUCAAAGUGAGACUGUUUGUUGAAAGCACACUGGUGAGCUGGAAAUAGAUUGUCCUCUAGUGUUGAGAGAUGCAACAACAUCUUUCUGUAACAGCAUUGCAAAGUCAAGGCUAGUUGUCAUACAAGCUUUCUCUAAGUAAUUAUACAAUUUUAUAGAGACAGAGCGCAGUUAUGCUAAUUUUAAAACCACGCCCACCGGGGGGAAACAAUCCAACCUUCUCCAUUGACUUUUU